CAACUUACUAUCAGUUAUUAUUGGGUCGGCAUUCGCUGAAGUCAUAAGAACAGGAACUGUAAUUAGAGCGGAUAUCUCAAUAUUCCCAGAAGCCCUGUACUCUAACAUCAACAAAACGGCACGUCGUGAUACCAGCGACUUCAUCGAAGAAUGUUCUAAUGAAAUUGGCCAAAUGUCAGGACGGUGCCUUGACAUCGGAAGCGGUCCAUGUGACGUAGUCACCGAUUUUCUCCUUCCAAAAUUAAACCCGAAGUCUACCGUUGUCUGCUCGGACAUUUCCAAGCCCAUGUUGGACUACGCAAAGGAAAAAUACGGCGCCAACGAUCGGCUAUCCUUUCUCCAGCUGGACAUCGAGUCUCCGACGCUGGCCGAAGAUCUAGUUGAACAAUUCGAUCACGUUACGUCGUUCUAUUGUUUACACUGGUGCGAAGACAUGCGCCAAGCCUUCGAGAACAUCUUUGAUCUGCUGCGUCCUGGAGGUUCGGGCUUCUUGACAUUUUUGAGCGAUGAUCUUUGCAUGGACGCGUACAGGGUGCUGGCGACUGUCCCUCGAUACCAGCGUUACAUGACGGAUGCGGACAGGUUCAUUCCCGUAUUUCAGCACGCCGAACAUCCACGCGAGAACCUGAAAAAAUUGCUUCGAGAGGUCGGCUUUGAGAUCAGCCACUGCAGUCGCAGAGAAAUAAGCAACAUUUACGACACUCCGACUGAUUUCGGCAGAGUAAUGGCAGCUAUCAACCCGUUCAUUCACCGCAUGCCGGCUCAACUACAGCGAGAGUAUGAAGUAGAUUUGGGCAUAGAAGCGACGAAGAACGCGAUUGUCUUUAACAAGGAUAACAAUGGUGGCUAUAACAUACUCUGCAGACAUCACAUGUUUGUAGUUUACUUGAAAAAACCUUCGAUCAAAUAAUAGACAGCCAGAUAACCAACGAAUGUCUGUAUCUUGAUCAUUCUUCGUAUUCUGAUAUAUUCAAAUAUCCGAUCAUCCAGUUUUCUUGCGCUUUUUUUUUUCAAAUUCAUCGAAUCAAGGAAAAAAUGUAUGACGUGAACCUGCAGACUGAGUGAGCGACGGUUUUUCAGUUUUGUACAAGCCCCGACAGUAACUUCAUCCAUAAAUUAAAAUGAGAUAAGUAACUAAGCGCAGUAAAUAAUUGUUAUUGAUAAAAACGAUUACUUUCACUUAGAAAAUUGAAAAUAUAAUUUAAGCUAUAUCGCUUGUAUACUUGGAGUAUGAAAACAUACACGGGAUCUAACAAUAAGUUUGGUAAAAAAUAGAAAAUGUACGUUUUCUCCAUCACUGCCUUGAUUGUAACGAGGAGCUUUCGCACUCUUGAAAAAAGAAAAUGCACUGUUAUCUUACUGUUGCUAAACCGUCGACUCUCCUUCGAUUCGAAGGGGGUAUUAAAAAAACUAAACAUUAAUAACACCCUGAGCGUGAUCCUAUCACAUUAAAUUUUAUUAUACGUACGUGUGUUUAUAUGUAUAUGCGUGUCCAUGUAUAUGUGUAUAUAUAUACAUAUAUAUAUAUAUACUACAUACGCUGUCUUUGGUUUUACACGAUUUAAUACAGCCAUUCAUCAUGCAUAGGUACGUAAACGUCCUAUAAUACCUUAUCUAUUCGUUAUUCAAAAAUCCUUCCGCAUCUGCCUUUUCUCUCCGCGCGCGCGCGUGUCAUUUGUGUGUUUUCUCGGUGGUAGUUGGUAUUCAUUUUCACAGAGUAGGUAACAAUUUCACUAUAAUCUAGCAUCUAAAAAAACACACUCAAGUGUAGGUGUACAUACAUUAAUCAAUAGACAUACAUUUUUAAUUACAUAUUUCGAACACCGACAAUACCGGCACGCUGUUAGACGCAAAAGUCUAUCGCCGAUCGCGUUUUCAACUCUCACCUCGCGUCAUCGGGCUGACGAUAUUUGGCGACAAACGGCAGAGAAAAUUUGUGCGCAAUUUCCGGGAUAGAAAGGUUAUGAGUAUAACAGCUUGCCGAAAUUUACAAAAAUGGAAGCAACGCAAUCGUAACCGUAUAACUUAUGUACUUGCGCGGGUAUAUAAUAUAAUAUAUAAUAUAUAUAUAUAUGUAUGUAUAUAUAUGUAUAAUAAUGUAUAUGGUAUACGUAUGAUAUUAUGCUUAUUACGUACGCACAUGUAUUCUAACAAUCAAUCGGUAACAACAUAUCGGAAAUACUUUUACCUACUCCCGAACCUCUUACAUGUAUUAUACGCUAUACAAUAUUACGUGGUUAUACAUUUAAUUCUCUCGGCCAUAAAUCGGUUUACAGAUACAACGUGUUUCGGAAGAAUAUAAAAACUACGUGCUACUUUUCAUACAUCGUACGUGUCUCGCGCUAUCAAACCCCGUUGUUUAACAUGAACCGUACCGGGUAGACCAUAAUUUUAAUUAUUCAACAAUUGAUACUUAGUAAAAAAAAUCUUCCUCGCUCGAUUAUGAUCGUUAUAAUGCCGACUAACAAUCUUAUCAAAAUCUUGCAGCACCUGCUCUGGAACUCGAUUACGCAACAAUUGCAUACCAAUCACAAUUAUCAUUCACAUUCACAUUGCGAUUCCUAAUCAUGCAAAAAUCAUCAGCUUCCCAGAUUUAGGAAUUUUUCAUGCAACUUUACUUGCAAGCGUAUAUGAGUGUUAAAGAGGACACGUGAUGUCUGAUUAUUAAACAGAAAAUUUUUAUUCGAUCAAGUGGAAGUAUCCCUCUGUCAAAUUGAUCAUUGUUAGCGUUUGACGAUAUAGCAAAUUACGUGACGCAAGCUGCAUUCGUCUUGAAAAUAUAUAUGCGUAGAACUGAUUUUUUAUCAAAGUAUUUUUUACACCGUAUAUGUACCAAGUUUAGAAAAUUGUGAACUUCAGAGUAUCGAAAAUCGGUAAUCGAAAAUUUAAACAACUUGACCGAAUCAGAAUUUUCUAAAAAUAUAAUAAUUAGCCAAGUCGCAAGAUAUCCAUGCAGAUUCAAACAAUUUGUAACAUUGGUAUUUCUUCUCUCAAAAACACCUUCUUCUGUCAACCUCGUAUGUAUAUUAUAAUAUUUUUGUGUCAUUAGGUUCAUGACGAACAAACGAAGCAGAAAACCUCGUACACACUAUAUUACUUCAUCUAAUUUUCACUAUUCACGAUACAGUAUAGUAUAAUAUGCAUGUGUGCAUGUACAUACAUACAUAUUGUAAUCUUUAUCGUUAAUCUAUUUAUUACAUAUAUACAGAGUGACUUCCUAACGACUGCAUAGUCCGUAAUGUGCUAAAAUUUAAUGCGCAUGCGCUAGAAGUUGAGAACAACUGCUUUCCAGGGCUACCAACUGUCUUUAACCUCAACAAUUUUUACAGCCGUCAGUGGCAGUUGUGCUCAAUUCAGAACUGUCAAAAUUUCGCCCUGACAAACAAUUGCUCUCAACUUCUAGCGCGUGCCCAUUAAAUUUUUGCCGAACACGGACCCGUGCAAUCGUUGGGAAUUCACUCUGUAUACGUUCACAGUGUGGCGCAGCUACGUAUCUAAUUGUAAGCUGUCAACAGUACGAACAUAUUUUCAUUUAGGUAUCGGAAAGAAGUUCGGAACACAGGUGUGUCUAAAUUAAACAUCGUUCGAUACUGACAAAUUGAAAGAAGAAGAAGGCAUAAGGUAGGUUUGAAAAGUCAAUUUUUCGAUUCAAUUGCAAUGUGGGAAAAAGGAAGUUACAUAUUUUGAAAGAACCUCUCGUCACAAGCU